AUGGCUUGGAGUCAGCCAGUUGAAGAAAAAUAUUUCAUUGAAAAAAAACCAUUUGCCCAUGGAGGUUUCCGUUUUGUUUUUAAAGCUAAAGAUUUAGCUGGUAAACAACUGGUCAUCAAGAAAUUUUUAAAGAAAACAUACGAUGCUAUUGACAUGGUGAACAAAGCUAAUUCAGGAAAAAAAGAAUUUGGGAGAACGUUUUCAUAUCGCAUAGCAAAAUUAGGAAAACUACUGGAAGAUUCAGGGGAAUAUUUCUUUGUAAUGGUAGAGGAUUUUAUUAAAGGCGAAUUUUCCAAAUAUGUCAACAAUGAUGGGAACAGUACAUUAGAAGGCAUUGUUGAUACCGAACUAACUCAAAAGGCUGAAUGUUUAGCUCACUUUACAUUUCUGAAAUCAGAAAAAAAAAUAUUGCUUUUGGAUACCCAAUGUUCUGGUUAUCAAUUAUAUGACCCGGAAAUAGCAACUUCGGAUUGA